AUGGCCUGGCCUCAGUGCCAGGAAGACCCCGGGGCUCUGGGAGGCACCGGCGAGCAGGCCUCCGGGCAGCUGCCGUGCCGGCCCAGCCGCCCUGGGCCGGAAACCACAUCUGUCCGAGCUCUGAGGUCUCAGAAGAACACCUGGCUGUGGUCCUCUAGGACCGCUGAGCCCGCAGCAGAACUGGCCCCCGCGCCCCCGGGCAGCCCACAAGUGCAGCCCACGGCGGAGACCACCACGCAUGCGGCCCCCUGGGAUGACCCCACGGAGCAGGGGCCAGCCCCUGCCAGCCCUGAGCUGCCCCUGGAGAGCCUGGAGGCCGGCCGGGACAGGGCUUCCGCUGCACCCACUGCCUCCAUGUCAGGCCCGGACACGAAGGAGGAGAACAUUGCCGGCGUUGGAGCCAAGAUCCUGAACGUGGCCCAGGGCAUCCGGAGCUUCGUCCAGCUGUGGGAUGACGCCACUCCCCGCGAGAGCUCCACCAGGGCAGGGACGGCGGCCCCUGUGACCCCCAUGGCCCCCCUCACCCUCGCGGGGUCCUCCGCCCCCCCCCAGGAGAAUAGGACCGCUCUUUGGCUGGGCAGCGGGGCCCUGACUUCUCCCGACACCCAGAGGACCGAGGCCGGCACUCUGCCAGCACCCGCCCAGCUGCCUCCCUCCCGGGGCGGGCCCCGGGCACCACUCAGGGAGCCCUUGGUGCCGCCCCCGUCUCCAGGUAGAGCUUCUCUCUCCUCUGUGCCGGGCGGGGCCCCUCCCUGGGGCACCCGGCUGCCCCUGGGGCGGCCCCAGGAUCUGGACGGCGAGGGACUCCGUGCCCGCUGGCAGCACCGACUCGCUGACAACCGCAGGCGCACGCCACAUCUGCUUCCGCUGGUGACGGGUCGCCUGGGCGCCCAUGCUGCCCCCUUGGCUCUGUCCUCUGACCUCCCCACCCUGGUGGCUCAGGUCCCACUCCCAGCUGUUACUGGGCACAAGGGCGCUGGGGCUCCUCACGUGGCUUACUCUGUGGGGCCUGGUGUCGCUAACGCCUCAGCGCUGCUGGGGGCUGACCUGCCAGCCCCCCUGGCCACCGGCCGCUGCCUGCCCCUGCCGCCCUCCCUGCCCGAGUGCGGCCACCUGGGCAUCGGGCACGCCUGGCUGCCCAACCACCUGCGGCACGCGAGCGGCGAGGAGGUGCAGGCCGCCGCCCGGGCCUGGGGGCGCCUCCUCCAGACGCACUGCCACCGCUUCCUCGCCUGGUUCUUCUGCCUGCUGCUGGCCCCGCCCUGCGGUGGCGGCCCGCCCCCCGCCCCGCCCCCCUGCCGCCAGUUCUGCGAGGCCCUGGAGGACGCGUGCUGGAGCCGCCUGGACGGGCGCGGGCUGCCGGUGGCCUGCGCCUCGCUCCCGGCCCAGGAGGACGGGGGCUGCGUGUUCAUUGGGUCGGGCGCAGAGUGUGUCCUGCAUGGGGGCUCCCGGCCCCAGGGCAGAGACGGGCCCCGCUUCUCUCACACUGGGGCCGUGGGGUGUGGACGGGUCACUUGGUCCCAGCACACCAGCCUGAAGCGAGAGCUGGGGGAGAGGGAAGGGCUGGUGUCUGCCCUGGUGGGGGCUGGGAGGGGACAGUGCAGCCACUGGUUGGGACCCAGGGAAGUGGUCAGGCGGAGAGGGCCUGUGGGAGCCCCUGUGCUGCGGCUGGAGCUGGCCACGGGUCAGCACGCCCUCGGGAACCCGCACCAAUUAUCCCGAGAGCCACUGGGCGCCCAGGCGGCGCAGCAGGACUCCGGGCUGGCGGAGGCUGGAGGUGCCACUGCCAAGGCCACGGUCGCCUUGCAGCAUGGCUGCAACAUCACACCGUCAACCUUGUGGGGACACAGCAGUGUGGCCCCGCCCCCAGGCCUCCACCAGGGAGCGGCCAACCACACAUCACACAGCCGCACGCUGGCAUGCGCGCGCUCACACUCACGCCCAGAAGGCGGCAAGGAAGGGUCUAGAAAGACCCGAGGCAAGGGCACCCAGGCCCGAGACACGGCUCAGGCGGACCUGCAGAGGCAGCCCCGGCGGAAGGAGGGCACUGCCCACGGGCCUCGCGGCGGCGCGGCGCACCCCGGGGAGGGGGCGCCCGAGGAGCACACGGCACCGGGAGUGGCCUUCGGCCCCAGUGUCACACAGGAGACCUUGUGCAAGCUGUCCCUGCCCCAGGACAAGUGGGGAGGUGGCUCCGUCACCACUGCCACAGGCCCACCCCUGGAGCACUAUUUCCAGAAGAAGGUGUCCCGAAAGUGGGGAGUGCAGGAAGGCUGGCCCCCCAUCCCCCCAGCAGCCCGGGGGGAGGCCUUCCCCAGCGUCCCGCGAAGCGGCCCGGACAUGCUCCUGCACACAGUGGAGACUGCACUUACGGGCGUGUCCCAGAGCCGCAAUGCCCAGGUCCCCGAGCGCAGGGCACGCUUCCCACGGCCACCCCGGGGAUGCUGA